CAGCCGCAUCAAUUGAUCUUCUCCAGGGCUAGCGCGAAUCUGCGUUCAUCUGGAGCGUGAUGCGCUCAUUGACUCUGGGCUCUCGAACCACUCCGCCACCAUGUCGAGGUGACACCGAUCAAACUCUGCACAUACACACCCCCACCAUAUAUCGAAGCUUGGCCAAACCGUAAUGGCAUCCCUGCGAUUCACCCGUCCAACGACACGCUGCGCGCGCCCACGCCAACACCCCUCUCAGCGGCGAACCUUCCUGCCCAACCCCUUCGAAGCCCUGAACUCCGCGCUCCCAUCUUCGUCUUCGCCGCCACAAGUCCUGACCGCCGUGCGAACUCUGCCCUACCCGUCGGCCCCCGUCUACUCCAUAAUAGCCGACGUGCCCAACUACCAGCACUUCCUGCCUUACUGCCAGCGCAGCGACAUAACCAAGUGGUCUGCACCGGACAAGGUCUACGGCCGGCGGUGGCCAUCCGAGGGCACCCUGACCAGCGGCUUUGGCGGCAUAACUGAGAGUUUCGUGAGCAGAGUGUACUGCAUACCGGGGCGCUAUGUGGAGAGUGUGGGCGGAGAUACCGAAACGAGUUUGAAGACGGAGGAUAUCGCGCAUCACCUCGACGGCGAGGAACAGGCGACGGAGCGAAGGCAAGGCGAAAACGGCCUGCUUACCCACCUGCGGAGUAAGUGGACUGUUGAGGCUAUACAGAACGACCAGACACAGGUCAGUCUGGCAGUCGAGUUUGCGUUUGCGAACCCAAUGUAUGCCGCUCUGAGUGGGGGCGUCGCGCCCAAGGUGGCAGAGUUCAUGAUCAAGGCUUUCGAGAAGAGGGUCCAAGAGCUGCUGAGGAACAACCCCAACAUGGUCAGGGCGAGUCUAGCAGAACUGGAUGGUAGUCGUUUGAAGAGGUAGCGCCCGUCUUUGCAAUAGCAUCGUCCAAACAUUCAGCAGCCAUCAAAGUCAAUCCAUGAGCAAACG